AACAUCGAUAAUGUGGACGAAGUGGUCAAACGUAUAACACUGUCGACUGAAAGGAAACCGGUUUCUGAAGAGAAUCUUCUGAUCGUUGAAGCGAUUCCUGAACUGUUGGAACCAAAGCAGAGAAUAUUCAAAGAAUUGUGUGAAACUUUUAAACACAAUAAGUCUGUAAUAUUUGUGACGAACACGUCUUCGCUUCCGUGCUAUGAAAUCGGCAAAUAUGUUGAUUGCAAAGACAGAUUCGGAGGUCUGCAUUUCUUCAAUCCGGUGCCUCUCAUGAAACUCGUAGAGAUUAUCAAAGUGAUGGACGGAACCAAUGAACACACUUUUGAAUCUCUUCAGCAGUUUGUCAAAGACAUUGACAAAGUGGGCGUCUCUUGUAAGGAUACGCCGGGAUUUAUUGUGAACCGACUACUGGUGCCGUAUAUGUUGGAAGCCGUCCGACUCUUGGAGAGAGGAGACGCCACCGCUCGAGACAUUGACAUUGCCAUGAAAUUGGGCGCCGGAUAUCCUAUGGGUCCCUUUGAACUGAUGGAUUAUGUCGGACUCGACACCAAUAAGUUCAUAGUGGACGCCUGGUCUGCGAGGGGUGACCCGAGUCUCACUAUAUAUAAGUCUAAA